UUUCUUCAUUCCCUUUUCUCCUCAUGUUUAGGAAAUCACAGGCAAUUGGAGUCAACUGCAGAGAACUUUAGAGAGUUAUUGGCUUUAAUGGGGGCCUGUGUGUCCUGUGCAGCACAUGAAACUCAUUUGAUAAGUGAGGCAUCCUAUGAUGAAGAGGGGCAUGACAUCUUUGUGAAGGGAGGAUUAGUGUGUAAUGGGUUCAAUUCCUUUGCUUCUUUUUAUUCACAACAAGGAAGGAAAGGUUGCAACCAAGAUGCUUUCAUACUGUGCCAGGGAUAUGGGGAAGGAGAUGGGUUGUUUUGUGGGGUGUUUGAUGGUCAUGGGCAAUAUGGUCAUUUGGUGAGCAAAAGAGUGAGAGAGUGGCUGCCUUCAAUGUUGCUGAGGCAGAGGGAUGGGUUGAUGAAUGGAUUUUCACAAGGAUUUGAGGCAUGGGACGAAGCUUGCAUCAGGGGAUUCAAAGCCCUAGACAAAAACCUCAAACUCUCCAAUGAUCUUGAUUGCUCUUUUAGUGGAACCACUGCUGUGACCAUCAUCAAACAGGGGGGUUACCUUGUUGUUGCCAAUCUCGGGGACUCACGUGCGGUGCUCGGAACGAUCUCGGAAGAUGGAACAUUGACAGCCAUCCAAUUAACCACCGAUCAAAAGCCGAAUGUCCCUCAGGAGGCAGAGAGAAUAAGGCAGUGCAAUGGUCGUGUAUUUGCUCUAAAAGAGGAGCCAAAAAUUCAAAGGGUGUGGCUGCCGGAUGAGGACAGUCCAGGGCUAGCAAUGGCAAGAGCCUUUGGAGACUUUCAGCUCAAAGAUUUUGGCCUAAGUGCAGUGCCCCAAGUGACACAUCAUAAGCUAACAAGCAAAGACCAGUUUGUCAUUCUUGCUUCGGAUGGGGUUUGGGAUGCAUUGAGUAAUACAGAGGUGGUUUCAAUAGUUUCAUCAGCUGAGACCAAAGAAACGGCUGCGAAAGAUGUUGUGGAAUCAGCAAUCCAGGCAUGGCAACACAAAUUUCCAUCAUCCAGAGUUGAUGAUUGUUCUGUUGUCUGCCUCUUCGUGCAAGAAAAGGAAGGUUCAGAAUAUACAACAACCACAUAUGAGGUUUAAUCUCUUUUUUUCCUUUUUUUGGCAUCAUUACUGGAACAAAUGCAUUUGGCGUAUAGAAAGUUAAAAAGAAACAAUCCAUCAAUUCUUGAAGAAUAUGAUGGCUGUGUUGUAAUAAGAGGUGCCUAACAAUCUUUCAGCAGAUUGUAGCAAUUUGGCCCUCCAAAUUUUUAUUUAUUUUUGGAUAAUCCAAUGGGAAAUACAGGCCUCUACCCAUUUUGAA